AGCCUACUUCACACUUUCUCAGUCAAGAGGAGGUGAUUCCCACAAGCACUAACACACACACACACACACACACACACACACACACAGAACCCUGCCGUCUGUCAUUUCCUGGAUCCUGCGUGUUCCAAGCUGCUGUGGAAACUUUCAAAAGUUUGUUGGUGGGACAGGAGGAGGAGGGAGGGAGCUCGGUGAGACUACAGCGGCGCUGCUGCACUCACACACACGGAUCAGUUCGGGUCUAAGCUCCGGGGAUGUCGGCUGUGAAGGCGCUGCAGCAGUGGUGCCGGGUUCGGUGUGAAGGCUACCGGGAUGUGUCCAUCACCAACAUGACCACGUCCUUCAGGGACGGCAUGGCUUUCUGCGCUCUCAUCCACAAACACAGACCCGAUCUCAUCAAUUUUGACUCACUGAAGAAGGAAGAUGUUUAUGAGAACAACAAACUUGCGUUCAAGGUUGCAGAGGAGAAGUUGGGAAUUCCAGCGCUGUUGGAUGCAGAAGACAUGGUGGCUCUUAGGGUUCCUGACCGCCUCAGUAUCCUGACAUACGUGUCCCAGUACUACAACUACUUCCAUGGACGCUCCCCGAUUGGUGGUAUGGGAGGUAUAAAGCGCCCAGCAGACGGCCCCACAGAUGAACCGUCUGGGAAGAAGAACCAGCCGGUGGCGGCGAAGGUGUUUCCCUCUUCCAAACCAGCCAGAGAGAACAGCCCUCCCCCCUCCUCCAACAUCACCCGGCCCUCUCCUUCCCCAAAACAAACCAGAAAUGCCACAAAGGAUGUUGUGGUUGAGAAAUCCCAUCAGACAGGCACCCUGAGUAACAAAUGUGUGACCUGCAACAAUCACGUUCACCUGGUGCAGCGACAUCUAGUGGACGGGAAGCUCUAUCACAGGAACUGUGCAAAGUUAUUGACGCCUACAAACCCAACUGCACCUCUCAGAGGCUUACCCACAAGCACUCCUGUUUCUAGAUUCACUCCUUUACCAGACUCCCCUAAAGCCAACACAACUCCUCCAAAACAGGCACCCUCCAGACUGGGACCAUCAUGGCCGACGGAUAAACCCAGCACCCCUCCCAGCUUCUGCACCACUUUUUCUUCCCCGUCUCCUUCCCGGCCUGCUUCAAGUCUCUCUUCCGCUGCUAAGGAGAGUCAGACAUGUGUUGUCUCCAAACCCACAGCUUCACGGACUACUUGUGAAUCUACCUUCACCACAACAACCACUUCUAUCAACACCGGGCCCACUGCUGCUCCUCGUACCUCAACCACGGCGGCAAAGACACUACAGUCCAAGCUCAAUUUCUUCCAAUCGGAUAACACCGCUAACGAUAAAGAGAAAAAGACUACAACCACCAACAUUGUCAUAAAUAAAGGGCCAAAUGUUACCGGUAAGGUAAAGGAGGCCACAGCUGGUCAGACUGUUGUUGUGAAUGUUGGCGGUUUGGGCAGAAAAGAAGCGAAUGUGAGAUUGGACACAGGUGGGGAGAGAGCUAAAACAGCUGUUAUAGGUGGAGAUACGAAGACGAAAGCAUCAGCAGCUGCCUUCAUCUCCAAAAAACUGACUGAGGAGAACAACAAUAACAACAGUAAGCCAUUGUGGACGACUGUAGCGCUCAAGAAAACUGACAAACCUUCUCAAGUCGAGACUUCAAAGAGGGAGACAGAGGGUGUCAGAGUGAGAAUAAAGCUGAAAGCAGACCCGUCAAUCCUUGCUGACCUGCAGACUCCGACAGACACCCGGACUCCAAGCCCGGCCGACAGGAGUGAACUUGGAGCCAAAACCCCAGACAAAGGCGCCUCAAAGCCCGGCAAUGAAUCACCCAACACCUCAGCAUCAGAAAACAAGGACUCUCCUGCAGACUGGAGGUUGAAGCUUAAACCCAUCUCCAAACCUGCUGGUCCCACCCAGUCCUCCCCUAAAGCAUGGGCUAAUGAACCUGGAAAGCCUCAGACUUCAGAGCUGUCUGUCGGGCCUUCUCCCUCCUCUCGUCUGCCCAGCCCGAGCGUUUCUGUCACUCCACCUACAGCAAAGGGAUUCCUGAAUGGUCAGAGAGACCCAACUGCAAAUGGCACCAAGCCAGAGUCAAAGAAUGGCACCAAGCCAGAGUCAAAAAAGUCAAAGACGAAGCCGGGCUACAUUCUUAAAGAGGACAUCAUGAAGGAACUGCAGGAGAUUGAAGAUAAUUUGAACGAGUGGGAGAAGAGGGGUGUGGAGCUGGAAGUGAGGCUCCGCAGCAGUGAAGAAGAGGGUGAAGAUGACUCUCUCAUGGAUGAGCUCAUGGUCGAGUGGUUCAACUUGAUCAGGAACAAGCAGGUGGCCAUGCGCCGGGAGUCUGAACUGGUCUACAUUGGAAAAACCCAGGACCUGGAGGAAGAGCAGCCCAGUGUUGAGCAGGAGCUCAGGAAACUGAUGGAAAAACCAGAACAUCUGAAAACAGCCUGGGACCGUAAGAGAGAAGAGCAGCUGAUGGACAAACUGGUGGAGAUCGUCAACGACAGAAACGCUAUUAUAGAGGGUCUGGAUGAGGACAGACUCAGGGAGGAAGAGGAGGACGAACAACUAAACAAGAUGAUGAUGAAUUUCAACAUAAAGAAAGACAAACCAAAAAAAAAGUCUCCGAUGUCCAAACUGUUUGGCUGGGGGAACAAGAAGGAGGGAUGAUGCUCCGCAACACACAGCGUUGCUAAAACUGUCUUUGAUGUGUUUUUCUUGCCGUGUGUGUGUGUGUGUGUGUGUGUGUGUGUGUGUGUGUGUGUGUGUGUGUGUGUGUGAUAUUUUAAGCACUUUUGAAGAAAUUCCCUUCCCUCUGACGACUGCAUCACUCCUGCCUGCCAGUGACACACACACAAUGUUGAGGGGUUAAUGACUCAUCAGCCGUGAUGACAUUGGGUUCAGUGCUCCAGUUGUUCGUUUUAAUACCCUUCUAGUCUUAAUCUGUCUACUUAAUGCUCACACACACACACACACACACACACACACUCCUUUAUAUCUUUGCUAUAUUUUCUUUUGAAAUGUUGGUUGUUUGCAGUAACACUACAGAUGCUAAUACAACUUAAAGAACAGAGGUCAGACAGCUGUUUCCUGCUCUUUGCUCAUGUUUCAGUCCGCACUACAAGACUGACUUGACAGGAUCACUCUCUGACCUUGUUGUAGUCGAUUACAUGUUGAACUGCAUUUAAUCUUAAAGGUCUCGCUCUGUGUAGUUUUCUGUCAAAUACAGCACUCCUUUCUUUCUCGGACAGCAACAAGUUUACUCAGAGCGCUGCCCUUUUGAUAAGGACAUUUUUUUUGGUUUCUUCUAGACCAGUGGUUUCUAAGGUUCAAGAGUCGUGAGAUGUUUCACAUGAAAGCAGAGAAAACAUAUUUUCUCUACACAAGAUUAUAAAUUAAUAAAGCUGUCAUCACUCUUAGACUUUGUCACAGCCUGUAGGUUUAUGCAACCUAUGACACACGUCUGCAAGUAGGCAUACAUUUGUUUUGGUUAAAAGCCAAAAAGGCUGGCUCAUAUGUACAUUUUACUCUGGACCUUUAGGAACAGUAGAUCGUGAAGGUUCACUUACUAAUGGUUUAGAGAUUUCAACAUCAGGUUUCAUUCAGCAAAUAUAAUCCUUUAAUAAAGUGAAAAGCUCUGAAACAGUAAGUGCCCCUUUGAGCUAUUAUUCUCUUCACUAUAUACAAAUAUAUUAUUCUUUAAAUAAUACAUUCAUAAGGUAAUGCAUAUCUGAUGCUCAAACAUAGCUGCAAGAAUGUCACUGGAUGUCAUGCUUUGUUUAUUGGCCGUUUUACUUUCCAAUCCAAUUAUGUUCUGCUGUACUUGAAUAGAUUGAAUGUUUAUGGUUGACUAGAGGAAAAGGAUACAUCUGGUUUGUGUCGUGUGACUCACAGGUUUAAGUAUUCAAACUAAAAACAAGAGUUGAUGUUUUUGAGUCUUAGAAAUACAAGAACUGGUCCAUAUUGGGUCUGGAUUUUGUACACAUUUUAAAUAUUUGCUGAAUGAAAUGUUUAGUUUGUGUGUGUCAUAGUCUAUUACUUGUUAAAGUCAUUUUUGGAGAGGCACUGAGGCAAACUUUAAAUUGUUGUUGUGGCCAAACUGAUCAAUUUCAACACAACUUGUUAGUACACAAAAGAUAACAUUGUAUAUAUGUUAAUGUUCUUGUCCCCUUUAUUUCCCUUCAUCUCAGCUGUAUAUAUUGUAUAAAGUUGGUCCUUACAGAACUCUGGCCUGAACAAAUUACUGUCAUAAAUCUACUAAAAUGUUAAUAAAAAGAUAUUAUUAAUUGAU